CGCGUCGUCACGUGACCAAGCAUCAGCGUCCACCGGCAAAGUUUUUUUCCGCGACUUUUCCUCUAAGACGAUCCGGGAUAGUCGUCAUCCUGCAUACUUGCAACAAUGUCACCUAUCAACGGAGCUGUACCAUAAAACCAGAAGGUUUAUCCGAUGUUGUGGCUGGUGCAGGAGAACAUCGUCCAUCCCGGUAUAACUGCAGCCCAUGUUUGAGACAGGAACUGUCCAAAGUCUAUCAUGUGCCAUAUACUAAGUUGCUGAUCAUGCCGUUUACGAGAGGAGGAAUUUGCAGCAAUGCUCCUAGAUUAGUGAAAGCCCCCGUUUUGGAGAGAAUGAACUGUCAACUUGUGACCCAGCGGCUCCCCCCAGGCAUUUCUGAGAUAUGGAAGCAAUACCUAUCCACAUUCCAACAGUCCCUGUUCUUCUCGGGCUUGUUCUACUUUCCAACCCUUGCACCUCCUUCAGGCCACAGGUUAUGGAACGAGCAUCUGGCCCUUCACAGUCACCUAAUUUCACAGAAUCUGGCAAGCGGGUUUGUGCGGGCCAGGUGGUGUGUAAAGCUGGGAUUCUGUUGCCGGUGUGGUUGCCACUCAACCCUCCUCAAGGGGAGAGGGCAGGAAGAGCUAUCAUCUACUUCCUCUGUCUCAUGUACAUUUUCCUUGGAGUGUCCAUCAUUGCAGACCGUUUUAUGGCAUCAAUUGAAGUCAUUACCUCUCAGGUGAAAGAGAUAACCAUUACCAAACCCAAUGGAGAGAAAACAGUAACUUCUGUGCGAAUCUGGAACGAGACCGUCUCCAACCUCACACUCAUGGCUCUCGGCUCUUCCGCUCCUGAAAUUUUGCUUUCUGUCAUUGAGGUAUGCGGGCAUAACUUUCAUGCAGGGGAGCUGGGCCCAGGCACCAUUGUCGGAAGCGCCGCCUUCAAUAUGUUUGUGAUUAUCGGCAUAUGUGUGUGGGUGAUCCCCGACGGAGAGUCUCGCAAGAUCAAACACCUACGAGUGUUUUUUAUUACAUCCUUCUGGAGUAUCUUUGCCUACAUUUGGCUCUAUCUCAUACUGGCCGUCAUCUCGCCUGGGAUCGUAGAGGUAUGGGAAGCCGCAGUGACCCUGCUUUACUUCCCGGUGUGUGUCUUGUUGGCUUGGAUCGCUGACCGUCGCUUGCUCUUCUACAAAUAUCUUCGCAAACGUUACCGUGCUGACAAAAGACAUGGUAUUGUGGUGGAAAUGGAAGGUGGCCCUGAGAUGAUCAUCGAUGAAAAAAACUCCGAUGGCAUUUCGUGCCCCAGAAACUCCUCGAGUGUGACAGUGUCUGUACAAACGCCAAGUGAGAUGGACCAGAGCCAAGAUGAGGUGGUUCGUAAACUCAAAGACCUACGGGACAAACACCCUGAGAAAAACCUCGACCAGCUCAUCGAAAUGGCCAACUACUCCACUUUGGUUCGUCAGAAGAAGAGUCGAGCUUUUUACCGUGUCCAGGCGACUCGCUUGUUGAUAGGUGCUGGAAACCUACUGAGGAGACAUGCUUCUCAACAUUCACGCCGUAGCGGACAAGGAGAUGACAAGCUUACAUGCUCUCACAUUUGUUUUGAAAGUGCCCAGUAUCAGUGUAUUGAGAACUGUGGUACUCUAAGCCUUUGGGUGAUCCUUGAUGGCGGUACAUCCCAGAAUACCUUUUAUGUGGACUACUGUACAGAAAAUGGUUCUGCCAAUGCUGGAACUGAUUAUGACUUUAUUGAAGGAACCUUGAUAUUUAAGCCCGGAGAGACACGGAAAGAAAUCAAGGUAAACAUUUUGGACGAUGACGUCUUUGAAGAAGACGAACAUUUCUUUGUCCGUCUUCAAAAUUUGAGAUUAGAGGAGGGUGGUGAUGAAGGGACAGGAUGUUCACCCAAGGGCAGACUGGUGGAGCCGCUGGUUGCCACUGUCACUAUCUUGGAUGAUGACCAUGCUGGCAUCUUCACCUUUGGUCAGGGGGUUUUGCGGGUGAGUGAGAGCACAGGCACACUGACGGCGACAGUGGUGAGGAACUCAGGCUCCAGGGGUACCGUUUCUAUACCAUAUCACACAGAGGACGGCAGUGCCAAAGCUGGAGUGGACUACGAGCAGGCCAAGGGUGAGCUGGAGUUUACCAAUGAACAGACCAGCAACACCUUGAAAAUUCACAUUCUAAAUGUGGAAGAGUAUGAAAAACGGGAACAUUUCUUCAUAGUGCUCAAAGAGCCGAAAUGGCUCAAGCGAGGACUCUCUGGUCACCCCAGCCCUGAGGAGGAAGAGGCUAGGAGGAUCUCUGAGAUGGGUAAGCCCAUUCUCGGAGAGCACAGCAGGAUGGAGAUCAUCAUAGAAGAAGCCUGUGACUUUAAGAAUACUGUGGAUAAACUCCUUAAAGAUACAAACCUAGCAGCUGUGAUUGGCUCACGUUCAUGGAGGGAGCAGUUCAUUGAAGCUGUCACCGUCAGUGCAGGUGAUAGAGAUGACGAGGGCGAAGAUCAACCGAUGCCCAACUGCUUUGACUAUUUCAUGCACAUGUUGUGCAUUUUUUGGAAAGUCCUCUUUGCUUUUGUCCCGCCGACUCAGUACUGGAACGGGUGGGCAUGUUUUAUCGUGUCAAUAUCUGUGGUUGGGAUCCUAACAGCCAUUAUUGGAGACCUUGCCUCCCAUUUUGGCUGCACAGUUGGCCUGAGAGACACGGUCACUGCAGUGGUCUUUGUAGCCCUGGGGACUUCACUGCCUGAUACCUUUGCCAGCAAAGUGGCUGCAACCCAGGACCAAUAUGCAGACGCAUCAGUGGGAAAUGUAACUGGAAGCAAUGCAGUGAAUGUCUUUUUAGGUAUUGGUGUAGCUUGGUCUGUGGCUGCCAUUUAUUGGGAAGUCAAAGGUAAAGUUUUUCGUGUGGAUGUUGGCUCACUGGCCUUCUCCGUCACACUUUUUACCAUUUUUGCCUUCUUCGCAAUGGGAGCGUUGAUGAUCCGCCGGAGGCCCUCUAUUGGGGGUGAGCUGGGAGGCCCACGGAUCCCCAAAAUCCUGACAUCACUCUUUCUCUUUGGACUCUGGUUCCUUUACAUUCUCUUCUCUAGUUUGGAGGCCUACUGCCAUAUAAAAGGCUUCUGAGAAAGCGGCGAUGGGAACGCUCACUGCACAAAGAUGUACAGUAUUCUUU